AUGGAUGCCGCAGAGGGCGGCUCGGUCGACACCGAUGCCAACGUCACGAAGCCAAGUGGUCCUUCCAAGGAUACGGCGACAGAAAGCACUAUAAAAAGGAACAUUCCCGCAGAGAAUCCCAAUCAUGAGCAGGAAAUCCGUAGCCGGGGUCUGCAACUCCGCGGGGAAUGCCUUCCUGAUAUCUCCAAUAUCGCAAUGACUUAUAGAGAUGCCUGGCGCAUUGGUAAACAAGGUUGCCUAGGAGUGCGCCGAAACCUAUGGGAUCCGCACUUGUUCUCUGGAACGUGGUACUUCGUUUGCGAUGGAACGGAUCCCGCAAACUUCUUGGUGUUACAUGCGCACAAGAGUGGUGAUAAGUGGAAGAGAAUAUCGAUCAGUAUGUGGGAGCUGGUCGAAGGGUUCUGGGUCGCCAAUAAGUACCGUGUGCUUUAUCAGCCCAGAAACGAUGAUGGAAGCUCUACCUCCUCAUCAACAAGAACAAUGGUUAUAGAGGGAUUCACUCGCGAUUUUUACGAGGCCAUGAUCAAGUGCAUACACGAGGGACAAGUGCGACUGCAGCUAAUGCAAAUAGAACUUAAGGAGCUGCAAAAACAGUUUACAAGUAACGAGGCAGCACCUUGUAAAGUUGGUGCGCCGAGAUUCAGUCGUACAAGGGUAGGAUACAGUGAAACACACGUAUUGACAGCCAGUUGUUAUACUGCAAACAACGAGGACACACAGCAACGCUCCGACGGGAACGAAACUAAGUAG